AUGGCCCCUCCUCCUACCGUGCUCAUCAUAGGAUGCGGCGUCGCAGGCCCCGUCCUCGGCAACCUUCUCAAACAAAAAGGCUACCAUCCCAUCGUCUUUGAGAAAGUUUCAGAGCUCGGGGAUGCCGGCGCGUCACUGAUGCUCAUGUCAAACGGCCUCAAAGUUCUGGAACUCGUUGGGGUCGCUGACAAUGUUACUGCCGAGUCUACCCCUAUUCAGCGCUUUAUUGACUCAACUUCCGACGGAAAACUACUCGGUUCGUCAGAUUUACCCAGCACUUUCAAGGACAAGUACGGCCAUCCCUUGGCCGGCAUCAAGCGUACGUCCAUCAACUUGAUGCUGAAAAAGAUGCUUCUCGGCCACAACAUAGAGCUGAGAGAGGGCUGGGAGCUGCUGGAUAUCAAAGAAGAGGAAAAUUCUGUAACCGCCUACUUCGAUUACGGAAGGUCGGUCACCGGUUCGUUCCUUGUUGGCUGCGAUGGAAUAAAAUCGGCUAGCCGGAAGGCUCUCCUUCGGUCCAAGGGUAUCGCGGAAGGGCCCCCUUCAUAUACCGGCCUCACUCAGACAGCAGGAAUCUCCAAAGCGCCCGAUUCGCUACUCAAUCCUGCAGCCAUGCGUAAUUGGUACGCUGACGGAACUCACGUCAUUGCCUACCCCAUCUGCAAGACGCACAUAUCCUGGGCGAUGACUCGACGAGAGACCGACGAAGCAGCAGAGACAUGGCGGCCGUAUCGACCAGAAGAACUCCCACAGCAGAAAAGUGAGCUCUGUAAGUUACUCGAAGGGUGGAACUCUGUGCUCAUGGACAUGAUAAAUGCGUCGGGGAGAAUCAUCAAAUUUGGGCUUUUUGACCGCGAAGAGCUGGAGGCAGGCCAGUGGUAUUCCAAGAGAUGUGUUUUGGUAGGAGAUGCCGCACAUCCAACCAGUCCGCACCUUGGCCAGGGAGCAAACCAGGCAUUGGAGGACUGCUUCCAUCUAAGCCAAGCUUUGCCCGACCUAGCUUCAGGCGACGCGCAUUUCGAAGAGGCUGUUGCGGUUCUCGGGCCGAGUUUGUCUGAUGCCAUCUUCAAGCCGUAUGCUGAGAAACGCCAACCGCGCACGUCGGACUUGGUCAGGGGAGCUCGAGCUGUGGGGGAGCAGAGAAUUGCUUCCGGCGAGGAAGCAUGCAUGUUGCGAGACGAGUCAGUUAUGAAGAAGUUUGCGGACAAAGGUUGGCUUGCAAGUCGGAUGGAUGAGCUUUUGCGGGAGCCAUUCCAGCGCAUGUAG